AUGGGCACUAAUUUUACUUUUCGAUGCCAAACUAGAUGUUUUGAUCCGGACGCAAAGCUCGCUCCGCACAUCGUUGCAGUUUUGAGCGUCCACCUCGUUAAGUGUUUACCUAAUAAGGCGGCCCGCGCCAGCAGAGCCGCGUGCAGUGCUGCGGCCUCGGGGCUCGACCUACACCCGCCCCCGCCCGCCUUCGCCUCGCCCUCGCCUUUUCCCGCCUCGCCUGGUCCCCGCCCCGUCCGCUCGCGCACUGCACCCGGCUACGUCCCGGCGGCCGCUUGCACUGGAAACAGCGCACAGUGGGCUUCGGAUGGGCGGCGGAGAAGCGCGUUUAGAAAGAUAGAAAAUGCACGUGGCGGUGGCAAAUUAUCGUCAGCAAAUAAUAAAAGCAGCGAUAUGACAGGAGGAGGUCCGCUGUAUCACAACUUCAAACCCUUUGUGCGAAUUCAAGGGGGCGCUUUCCGUCCGCUCCGCGCCGGCCACCCUCUCCCCGCGGAGGCUCCCCCACCCCCACACCCACCGCCCCCGGCCGGCGGCGCGCGCCGCGUGCCGGCGCCGAGGGGCUGCUUCGCGCGCGCGCGCCAGCGCCCCACGCUUCCGGGAACGGCUACGCUGCGCGCCACGGCAGCGGCCACGGCCAUGAUUGCGGCGGCGGCGGCGGCGGGCGCGACGUCGGCGGCGCGGGGGUGCCCGGCGUCGCGCGCCGCCGCCACGCGCCGCGCAGUGAGCGCCCGGCGCGCGUGGCGAGCGGCAGCGCACCCAGCGGAGGCUGUGAGACGCCGGGCGUCGCGGCGCCCACCGGUCCGCCGCCGCCAUGGAGGUGGCCGAGCCCAACCUCCCGCUCUUCGCCAACUACCUCGAGCACCCGAGUCGCCGCUUGGAAGCCGCCGCCACCGCCGCGCCACCGCACCAUGGACGCAAGGGGAUGCUCCGCCGCCGGGCUCUGGCCACCUGGGCACGCGCUUGUUCCAGCAGUCCGUCACCAUGACCGCCAAGAUGUGGCCCGACGUAAGUAGGCGCCGCCCGGCCACGCCCCCACACGGGGGCUUUGCAGGCGACACGCGAUCGAUUAGUGAUGAUGUAGUGAAACUAGAGCGUCAAAAUAAUCAGACGGAAGAAAGUUUUCUCCAGUUUUAUCCAGAGGGCAACGUCGCCGUUUUUCAGGGUGCUCUUGGGUUUGAAGUAUUGUCAAAACGUUAA